GCGGCGCGGAGGGCGCGUUGCGCAGCUGCUCCUGCGCACAACCCGGCCGGCGGCCCGCACCGGCAGGAGUGAGCGCCGGUCCGCGCCCGCCCGGCGCCGGAGCCGAGCGGAGCAGGAAGCGCAGGCCACGCAGGGACCCAACUGAAACAAAGUGUCGGCCGCCGGCUGCGCGGCGCCUCGCCGGCCCUGCCCCGCGCCCCCCGCUCCGCCGCCCACCAUGGCCUCCGAGGAGCUGUACGAGGUUGAAAGAAUCGUUGACAAAAGGAAAAACAAAAAAGGGAAGACGGAGUAUUUGGUCCGGUGGAAGGGCUACGACAGCGAGGAUGACACCUGGGAGCCCGAGCAGCACCUGGUAAACUGCGAGGAGUACAUCCACGACUUCAACAGGCGCCACUCCGAGAAGCAGAAGGAGGGCCCCUUCACCAGGACCAGUCGGACCUCGCCGAACAAUGCGAGGAAGCAGAUCUCCAGAUCCACCAACAGCAGCUUUUCCAAGGCCUCUCCUAAAUCGCUAGUGGUCGGCAAAGAGCCCGAGCCCAAGGCCAGCCCGCUGUUUGCCGCCGGCCAGAAGUUCAGGAAGAACCCAGCCCCGUCCCUCUCGACCCGGAAGAACAUGGACCUGGCCAAGUCGGGCAUAAAGAUCCUCGUGCCCAAGAGCCCCAUCAAGAGCAGGACCGCGGGGGACGGCUUUCAGAGCGAGAGCCCCGAGAAACUGGACCCCGCCGAGCAGGGGCAGGAGGACACGGUGGCGCCGGAGGUGGCGGCCGAGAAGCCGGUCGGGGCUCUGCUGGGCCCCGGCGCCGAGCGGGCGAGGAUGGGGAGCCGGCCCCGGAUACACCCGCUGGUGCCGCAGGUGUCCGGCCCCAUGACCGCGGCCGUGGCCACGGGGCUAGCCGUGAACGGGAAAGGUUCCUCCCCAUUCAUGGACGCGCUGACGGCCAACGGGACGACCAACCUGCAGACGUCAGUCACUGGCGUGACAGCCGGGAAGAGGAAAUUCAUCGACGACAGACGAGACCAGCCCUUCGACAAGCGGCUGCGUUUCAGCGUGAGGCAGACGGAAAGCGCCUACAGGUACAGGGACAUCGUCGUCCGGAAGCAGGACGGCUUCACCCACAUCCUGCUGUCCACGAAGUCGUCCGAGAACAACUCUCUCAACCCAGAGGUGAUGAAGGAAGUGCAGAGCGCCCUGAGCACAGCCGCCGCCGACGACAGCAAGCUGGUGCUGCUCAGCGCCGUGGGCAGCGUCUUCUGCUGCGGCCUUGACUUCAUCUACUUCAUCCGGCGCCUGACGGACGACCGGAAGAGAGAGAGCACGAAGAUGGCCGAGGCCAUCAGAAACUUCGUGAAUACUUUCAUUCAGUUUAAGAAGCCUAUUAUUGUAGCCGUAAACGGCCCAGCCAUUGGACUAGGAGCGUCCAUACUGCCUCUCUGUGACGUGGUUUGGGCCAAUGAAAAGGCUUGGUUCCAAACACCCUACACUACCUUCGGACAGAGUCCAGAUGGCUGUUCCACCGUGAUGUUUCCCAAGAUUAUGGGAGGAGCAUCUGCGAAUGAAAUGCUGCUCAGCGGACGGAAGCUGACGGCGCAGGAGGCGUGCGGCAAAGGCCUGGUCUCCCAGGUGUUCUGGCCCGGGACCUUCACCCAGGAAGUCAUGGUCCGCAUUAAGGAGCUCGCCUCCUGCAACCCGGUUGUGCUCGAGGAAUCCAAGGCCCUGGUGCGCUGCAACAUGAAGCUGGAGCUGGAGCAGGCCAACGAGCGGGAGUGCGAGGUGCUGAAGAAGAUCUGGGGCUCGGCCCAGGGCAUGGACUCCAUGCUCAAGUACCUGCAGAGGAAGAUCGACGAGUUCUGACGGCCGGGCUGCCCCAGACGACCCUGGAGUCGCAUCGCGCAGGCCGGCUGGGGCUCCCCGGGGCGCGGACCCACCCUCACAGCCUGAAACAGGUUCACGUGGAGCUCACGCUUGGAAGCAGGACUUGAAACAGCCAAGCUAUUUAUUACCAAGGAGUUUUUAAGUACUGUAACUUUAAAAUAAAUAACUACAAAGCUC